AUGCCAUCCGUGGCCGCCCUCAACAAAGAGAACCGAGCGCCUGCGGGCGGGUCGUUUGCUCUCACCGGCAAGUCCACAACCGCCGCUUCGAAACGCACCGCAGCCUCCAAACGCCCCGCCGCUUCCUCACGAAAGGGCAAAGCCUCCACCACCGACUCGCAGGAAGAAGACGACGACGACGAGUUGAUGAUGGCUGGCACCGGAGCGGAAGAGGGCGAGACGGUCAUUGUUGGGGAGACCCAGUUUGGACAAAAGGGAGAGGCGGAGGAGGAGGAUGAGGAGAUGGAGGUGGAGGAGGUCGUGCCUGCUAAGAAGGGCGCGCGAGGAGGAGCGGGCGCGAAGAAGCUUGUUGCGGCAAAAGGAAGGUCAGCGACGGAGAAGGCCGCAACCGGGGCGAGCGCGAUGGACGACUUCGAUGCGGCGCUUGCUGCCCCUCUCGCCGGCCCGGAAGGUUCAGGUGCGAAGCCCAGCGCGAGGGAGAAGAAACUCGAGGCUCAACUCGCCGCCACGAAGAAGGCUCUGUCCGAAUCCCAAGCGCUCUUCAAGAAACUCUCCGAGUUGCGCGAGACGCGCGCAGAGGAGGCGGAGCAAAGGUUGCGCGAGAUCUCGGACGAGCGGAUCAAGUCGGCAGGAGAAACGAUCCAGUCUUAUAAAUCCGAAUCCGACGCUUUGAGGACCGAACUCGCCUCGCUCCAAUCCACCGCUUUCUCUUCGCCCCGCUCGAAAGCUGCGUUGGUCGAGUCGAAGCGGGUGAGGGAGCUGGAGGGGGAGAGGGACGAGGCGAGGGAUUUGUUGGAGAGGGAGAGGAGCGAGAGGAGGGAAGAAGUUGAGGCGGUCGAAAGGAGGGAGAGGGAGAAGGCGAGAAGCGAAAGGGAGGGGUUGGAGAGGGAGGUCAAGGAGUUGAGGGAGGAGGUCUCGACCCUCCGAACCGAGUUGAACGCCGAAGUCGCGCACUCCAAGUCUCUCCAACAGCAGCUCAAGUCCGCCCCCUCCACCUCCUCCUCCUCCGUGCUCCCUCUUCCCGCCGCUCCCUCGACCUCCGCCGCCACACCUACCGACACCCUCAAGCUGCAAGACGAGAUCGAGCGCCUGACGCAGAAGCUCAACCUCAACGAAGACUUGACUGGCUUCGCCGUGCAUUCCGUCAAGCAGGAAGACAUGGGCGCUACAUACGUCUGUCUCCUGAGCGACUGCGCAGGCACGACAGGCGCUCUGAACUUCAAGUUGACGUUCCACCCGGACGGGACGACUUCUUACAAGCCAAACCUCGAGCCGGAGCGCGACGCAGCGCUCGUACAACUCCUCUCGCCCGAGCUGCAGGGGUACAUGCGGUUCGGCGCCGAGAUGUCGUCCGAGUUCUUCAAGCGCCUCUUCGCGAGCGUCAACAAGGUCCGCAUCUGA